AUGAUGGAAGCCACCGACGUCGUGAAAUCCGAAAAGUCGACUCCACGAGCGGAGUCGAUCGAGGUCGCAGAAUCGCAAGGAUGGGAUGAAAACUCAACGAAGAGGCUUUUGAAGAAGCUGGAUUGGAAUAUUAUCCCCUUCAUGUCGCUGAUCUACUUGUUGUGUUUCCUAGACCGGACAAACAUUGGAAAUGCUCGACUUGAUCAUUUGGAACAAGACCUCAAGUUAACCGGCAUUCAAUACAAUGACUGUUUGGCAGUUCUUUUCCCUUUUUACAUCGCUGCUGAAAUCCCCAGCAAUAUGAUGAUGAAGCGACUUCGGCCUUCAAUCUGGCUUACUUUCAUCAUGGUAUGUUGGUCGGCAGCAAUGAUAGGACAAGGCUUCGUGAAGGACUACUCCGGUCUCAUGGCUACCAGAGUCAUUCUCGGCACCUUCGAAGGUGGUCUCUUCCCGGGUGUUAACUACUACAUCACCCAAUGGUAUUGCCGACACGAGUGUGGCUUUAGAAUGGCGCUGUUCUUCUCUGCUGCCACCCUCGCAGGUGCAUUUGGCGGCAUCCUUGCAAGAGGUAUCGCGGAAAUGCAUGGUGUUGGAGGCCUUUCUGCAUGGGCGUGGAUCUUCAUUCUCGAGGGUUUGCUGAGUAUCUUGGUAUCUUUUGCUGCCUACUGGGCAAUCCACGAUUAUCCAGCCACGGCCCGGUUUCUCAGCGAUAAAGAAAAGAUGGAAGUCCAGCGAAGACUUCGGGAAGACUCUGGGCACUUAUCCAAUGAAUUUAACAUAAAAUAUGUGUGGCAGGCUAUCAAGGACUGGAAGAUCUACAUCCACAUGCUAAUUUGCAUGGCGGGUUUCUGCCCGAUUUACUCCAUCGCCCUGUUUUUGCCGACAAUUAUCAAGAAUAUGGGCUACACGUCAAACAACGCGCAAUUAAUGUCUGUACCGCCGUAUGUUUUUGCUUGCUUUUUCACCAUUAUUGCAAGCUGGUAUGCGGACAGAGUUCGGCAGCGUGGUAUUUUCUUGAUGGGAUUUCAACUUGUUGGCAUCUUGGGCUUCGGGCUUCUCGUUGGCACCAGCAAAGCGUCCGCACAGUAUGCCGGAACCGUAUUUGCUGCAGUUGGAAUCUACCCACAGAUCCCCCUCGGAAUGGCGUGGAACAGCAGCAACAUUGGUGGCAGUCUCAAAAGAGGAACUGGCAUUGCGAUGCAAGUCAUGGGUGGCAACUGCGGUGGCAUCAUUGCCUCUUACGUCUAUCUUUCGCGUGACGGUCCGCGCUACACCACCGGACACAGCAUUCUCAUUGGUUUCGUGAGCAUGGCGUUUUUCUUGACUUUGUUCAUGACAACUUGGUGCCGCAGGGAAAACGCCCGUCGCGAUCUACUUGCCAGCGAGGCUGGGGUACAGGAAUUGACUGAGGAGCAGAAGGCCAUGGAAGCUGAGCUUGCCGAUAAUGUGCCUUGGUUUCGAUACACCAUUUGA